GGGUCAUGAGUUAGGAGACACUAGUGGAGACUAGGAAGCAUCUAAACCUUCGUGCCUUCCCGACCUCUCGCUGGUAUCCCGGCUUGGGGGUUGCACCUUGUAGGCAGCCUGCAGAUACCUCGGGCGUGUUACCCUCACUUUUUAGCUGAAUGCGAACUGAGGCGGGGUACUUUUAGGUUCAAGGGAGGCAACUUGUGGAACCACGUGGGCUGGCAGUACGUGGGGAUGGAGGUCCUGAAGACGCUCGUGCUGAGAAGGACGCGUGGCCUGUGCCCGGGGAGAUGCAGGGCUUUGGCGAUUCCUUGGCGGGUUAGACACAUCAGCACCACGGCUUCCAGGAACACUGUGAUGCCAGCUUGGGUAAUCGAUAAAUACGGGCCGAAUGAAGUGCUCCGAUUCACAAAGAAUAUGAUGUUUCCUGUCAUAUACUAUCCAAAUGAAGUCAUUAUUAAGGUCCAUGCUGCCAGUAUAAACCCUAUAGAUGUUACUAUGAGAAGUGGAUAUGGAGCAAGAGCUUUAAAUAUGAAACGAGAUCCACUGAUUCUGAAAGACAUUGGGCAAGAAUUUCCUUUGACCCUGGGCCGGGAUGUCUCUGGCGUAGUGAUGGAAUGUGGGCUUUCUGUCACUUAUUUCAAACCUGGAGAUCAGGUAUGGGCAGCAAUUCCUCCAUGGAAACAGGGCACUCUAUCAGAAUUUGUCGUAGCCAGUGCAAAUGAGGUAUCUCUUAAGCCCAAGUCUCUCACUCACACUGAAGCUGCUUCCUUGCCUUAUGUUGCUCUCACAGCCUGGUCUGCUCUGAGCGAGGUUGGUGGGCUGAAUGACAAGAACUGUAGUGGAAAACGCAUUUUAAUUUUGGGAGCUUCAGGUGGAAUUGGUACCUUUGCUACACAGUUAUUGAAAGCAUGGGGCGCCCACGUGACAGCAGUUUGUUCCGGGGAUGCUGCCGACCUAGUGAAGAAGCUUGGAGCAGAUGAUGUAAUUGAUUACAGAUCUGGAAAUGUGGAGGAACAGUUGAAGUCCUUGAAACUGUUUGACUUUGUCCUAGAUAAUGUUGGUGGAGGCACUGAAGACUGGGCUCCAAAAUAUCUCAAGAAAUGGUCAGGUGCCACAUAUGUGACACUGGUCACCCCUUUUCUGCUAAAUAUAGACCAUCUUGGAAUAGCAGAUGGAAUGGUACAAACAGGAUUUACCAUGGGAUCUAAGGCACUAAAGCAUUUUUGUCAAGGAGUUCAUUAUCGUUGGGCCUUUUUCAUGGCGAGUGGCAUUUACUUGGAUAAUAUUGCAGAACUGGUGGAAGCGGGAAAGGUCAGACCAGUUAUUGAACAAACCUUUCCUUUUUCUCAAGUUCCCGAAGCCUUCCUGAAGACAGAAAGUGGACAUGCACGAGGAAAGACAGUGAUUAAUGUAGUUUAAGGCAAAGAAAAUACACUGAAUAUUGAUCGACAGAUCUUCUUGCAGACUUUGGUGUGGGCCCCCAUAUGCCCUCUUACUCCCACCUUCCUUCCUGACUCUCAUUUUCCAUAUUUAUCAGAAGUUUAAUGAGCAUGAGUUUUAAGUGUUCAGGAGAUGGGGGAAAAUGUCUUUACAUUUUGAGUCUCUAGCCACAAAUCUGAUUUAAGUGUUCCUGACUUAGGAUUUUCCACUGCCCACAUGAAGUACUGCCAAAAUAAAGCUGAACCAGAGCUAAUUGCAGCUACUUCUUCCAUUUUUUUUAAGCUCCUGAUUCAUUAGGUAGUAGGAAUGCUCCAGGGAAAAGUAGAGUUUUCUGCCCUGACAUGGCCUUCCUGAGGUCCUUGGAGGAGCCCUGGACUGCAGGAGUCAGUGUUCCUCAACUCUAUUGUGGGGCAGGAGGCAGGCAGUGGAGCUAACACAGACAUCCUAGAGCUGCCAGAAAGGGAGAGAAGCUUGGAAGUGUGGAGGAGCUCUAGCUGAGGGAUCACUGACUCUGGGACUUGGAACAACUUAUUUCUAUCUCUAGGGAGAGGGGGCUGGACCCAGGCCUUCAUUGGCAAAGGGAUAUCUUAGAGGAGGAAACUCCCUCUAUCAGUGCCAGUAGCACCUUUCCCAUAAUUUGUCUAUAAACUGUAGAGAAUUAUCUAGAGCAAUGAGAGAUUUCUUCAGAUUUACACAUUGAUCAAAAACUGACCUUGAACAUCUUUCUAGCUGUCCGGCCAAUUCUCUAUCCACCAUACCAUGCUUCCUUAUUUGUAAAACAGAGAUAAUCUUAUGUGAGCUACUGACUUCAUAGGAUUGAAGAUCAAAUGAAAGAAUAUGUGUAAAGAAUUUUGUAAGCUAUAAAGACGGUACAGCUGUAA